CACGUGAUAUGUUCUAAUCGAAUUUCUUUUUUUGUAAUCCCGGUUCUUCUGUCGUCUGUCGCAAAAUGGGGUUUGAUAUGUCGCAAAAGGAUUACAACAAAAUAGUCGUUGUCCUUAUCGUCUGCGACAAACAAACAUAACAAAAAUUUGGGGGAACCUUUCCGAUCGGCUAUCGGGCCUAUUACGCAAUUUAAACUAGCAUAAUUUGAAAAAGUGUAUAGAGAGCCACAAUAAAGAAGAUCAAUAGGAUCUGAAUUUUUUUCACAGAAGUUUGUAUUACUAAUAAUCAAUAUUAUGUUAAUGAACUGUAAGGCUCACUAGAUAAGUGUAAAAUCAAUUUUAUAGAGUUAGAUAUAUAUACAUCUGCAAUAGAGAGUCAAUUAUGUGGGGUAAUAGUAUUAGAAAAAGAUUAGUUGGAAGAACACUAAGACUCCCAAUUAGAUUUAAUUCUACCGGUCCUAAAGUCCCUCCACCAGUUAAGUCAUCCAGUAAUAUUGUCAAUUAUUUAUUGAUAAGUUCAGUAUUUUUAGGGGGAGGAGCUUAUCUUGGCCUUAGUUAUGGUCGAAAUGAAUCAACUCGCUUACAUCCUUCAACUUCCGUAAGAACCAUUUCAAGUUUAGCAGAAUUGAAGUAUGCUGAUGAUGCUACAUUCCAACGAGGAAUCGAAGCAAUCAUUGCUGUGGUUGGUAAAGAAGCCUUAAGUUACGACGAAGAAGUCAUUAAGUCCCAAAGUGACUCAUUCUUUGCCACUCAUCAUCCACCAAAACCUCAAGAACAACGUCCUAAAGUUAUUAUUUCACCUAAAAAUACAGAAGAAGUUUCAGCUAUUUUGAAAAUAGCUCAUGAAUUACAUAUCCCCAUUGUAGCAAACUCUGGUUUGACAUCAUUAGAAGGUCAAACUAUGCAUACUAGAGGACCUAAUAGUAUAGCACUUUCUUUUGCACAUUUAAAUAAUGUGGUUGAGUUUAAUCCAGAAGAUUUAGAUAUAACUGUUCAACCUGGUGUUGGAUGGUCUGAAUUAGAUGAUUACUUGAAAUCAAGUCCUGAUGGUAAGCAUUUACUUUUCCCAGUUGAUCCAGGUUUAGGGGCAACUAUUGCUGGUAUGGUGGGUACACUGGCAAGUGGAACUAAUGCAUAUAAAUAUGGAACUAUGAAAGAAAAUGUAGUUAAUCUUACAGUUGUAUUGGCUGAUGGUACUGUAAUUAAGACAAGACAACGUCCUAGAAAAUCUGCUGCUGGUUAUGAUUUAACUAGAUUGUUUAUUGGUAGUGAAGGUACUUUAGGUAUAAUUACUGAAAUAACUAUUAAAUUGCAUGUUAGACCAGCUAAAGAAUUAGUAUCAAUUGCUUCAUUCCCUACUAUAAAAGAUGCUGCAUCAACCGCUCAAGAAAUUAUUACAAAGAGUGGAUUACAAUUGAAUGCUAUUGAAAUCUUAGAUCAAACAACUGUAUCAUUUGUUAAUAAUUCUGCUUCUGCAGGUGGAAAGAAAUUUGAUGAAAAGCCAACAUUAUUCUUUAAAAUUGGUGGACCAACUCAAUCAGCCAUUGAUGAACAAGUUAAAGUUGUCAAGGCUAUUGCUAAGAAGAAUAAUGUUAUUAAGUUUGAGAAUAGUCAUAAUGAAGAACAAAAUGCCGUGUUAUGGAGUGCUAGACGUCAUGGAUUAUGGUCUACUUUUGAAUAUGGGAAUAAAGUAUUAGAUGAUCCAAAUGAUGUACAAAUUUGGACCACUGAUAUUGCCGUUCCUCUUUCAAAAGUUAGUCAAGUAAUUAGUGAAACCAAUGAUGAUUUGAAUGAAAGUGGAUUUAGAGGUAAAUUUAGUGUAAUGGGACAUAUUGGUGAUGGUAAUUGUCACUUUUUGUUACUUUAUAACUCUAAGGAUUAUCAUUCUACUAAGAAGACUGUUGAUCGUAUGGUUGAAAGAGCAUUAAAAUAUGGUGGUACAUCAACUGGUGAACAUGGAGUUGGGGUUGGGAAAAGAAAGUACUUGGUAAAGGAAUUAGGAGAGAGUUCAUUAGACUUAAUGAGACUGAUUAAAUUAGCAUUAGAUCCUCAUAGAAUAUUAAAUCCUGAUAAGAUCUUUAUUAUUGAUAAAGAUGAGAAUUUAGAUGAAUUAUUAGACGCUGGUCAUAUAGUGGCCAUAGAUAAACAUGAUUGUUGUCAUUAGAUUCUAUUAUACAGUAAUAUUAUUUAUAUAUAUAUAUAUGUAUUCCAUUAAUUAUUAUCAAUUAUUAAUUAUUAAUUAUUAUUAAUAAUUUUAGAUUUAAGUCCAAAAUGCUUACAAGUGAAGCUAUAACCUGAACAAGAGUUCUCUCCGUGUACUGAAGCAU